AUGUCUCACGUUGACCAGGAACCAUACUACGAGGCAUUACCAACUCAUUUAAAACCAUACCACUACGACUUAUCGAUUUACGAUGUCGAUACUGAAAAUGAUACUUUCAAAGGAACUGUAGUCAUCUACUUGAAUGUUGUUAAAUCAACCAAGGAAUUGCAUUUAAACUAUAGAGACUUGGUUAUUACAAAAGAGAAGAUAUCCAUAGUCUCAAGUGAUAGUGAUGGGAAAAACAACAAGACCAUCGAAGUUGACUCGAUUGUUGAAAACAAGUCAAAGGAGUACUUUAUUGUCAAAUUCAACGAAACAAUUGUUCCCGAAAAGAGCGAGUUGAAAGUUACCAUAUCUUACGAUGCCAAGAUCCAAAGUAAUAUGGCUGGGUUCUAUAAGUCUCCAUAUACAGAAAAUGGCGAGGAAAAAAUAAUGUUGAGUACCCAAUUUGAAGCCACGGAUGCAAGGAGGGCAUUUCCAUGUCUUGAUGAACCUUCGUUUAAGGCUACAUUCACUGUUGAUAUUACUGCCAACUCGCAAUGGGAAAUCUUGGGUAACACCCCCGUAGAGUCGACCACAAAUGACAGCGACAAGUCACUUAAAAAAGUGAAGUUUGAAAAGACACCAAUAAUGUCGACAUACCUUGUUGCUUGGGCUUGUGGAGACUUUGAAUACGUAGAAUCAUUUACUGAGACCAAAUACAAUGGCAAACCACUUCCAGUUAGAAUAUACACUACUAAAGGGUAUGUUCAAGAUGCACAAUUGGCUUCGGAAAUAGCGCCAAAAGUUGUUGAUUACUUCUCCAAGGUCUUUGAAAUCCAAUAUCCAUUACCGAAAUUGGACCUUUUAGCCGUGCACUCUUUCUCGCACAAUGCAAUGGAGAACUGGGGGCUCAUCACCUAUAGAUCUACUGCACUAUUAUUCUCGGAGACCAAAUCAGAUCCAUCCUAUAAGCAAAAAGUUGCUUACGUGGUAGCUCACGAGUUGGCACACCAGUGGUUUGGUAAUCUUGUCACCAUGAAAUGGUGGGAUGAGUUGUGGCUUAAUGAAGGUUUUGCCACCUGGGUUGGAUUUCUCGCCGUGGACUACCUUUACCCCGAAUGGGACAUUUUUAGUGAAUUUGUUUCUGAAUCAUUACAGCAAGCGUUGAAUUUGGAUGGAUUGGAAAAUUCACAUCCAAUUGAAGUUCCCGUGGUGGAUGCAUUGGAUAUUGAUCAAGUGUUUGACGCAAUUAGUUACUUAAAAGGUGGAUCCACAAUUUUGAUGCUCUCCGAGUAUUUGGGUAGGGAAACUUUCCUUAAAGGUGUUGCGUUAUACUUGAAUCGGAGCGCGUAUUCGAAUGCAACAAGCCAUGACUUGUGGUCCGCGAUUGGCCAAGUAUCACAAAAGCCAAUUGAUCAGUUGAUGGAACCAUGGAUCAAGAAAGUUGGAUUCCCAAUCGUUAGUGUUGGACAACAUGAAAAUAGUUUGGUCUUGAGUCAAUCGAGAUUUUUGAAUGGCGGAAAAGAUAACGACAUUGGUAAACGAGAGGAGAAUGAAACACAAUGGUGGAUUCCGUUAAACAUAUCUACAAACUCUACGCAAUUGAAAGAGCACAAGACGAUUGACUCGUUUGAUAGCGAAAAAGUGGUGAUUGAUGAUUUUCCAUUGCAGUCUCUGGACUAUUUCAAGCUCAAUAAAGCAACUUCAGGAGUCUAUAGGGUAAACUACGACGCUUCGAUCUUGAAGAAUAAUAUAUUAGCACAUUUUGACAAGUUGUCAGCAAGGGAUAAAGUUGGAUUGAUUGCUGAUGCAGGAGCAAUUGCAUGUGCUGGAAACAAUCCUACAACUACAUUUUUGACGCUCGUUGAGAGCAUCGUGCAGCAAUUGGGCAACGACUAUGUUGUUUGGUUGGAGUUGGGUAAAUGGUUAAGUAAUUUUGCCAUUGCUUUUACAACUGAGACAACGGCACUGAAGAUUCACGCUUUCUUGACUUCAGUAUACAAGCAAAAAGCCAUCGAAAUUGUCAAUUCCAUUAAGAAUAUUGAAAACUUGGAUAACGCAGAUUUUAUGCUGACCAAAUUUAGAUCAGAGAUUUUGACCAGGGCUGGAAGAUUGCAAAUUGCCGAAGUUUAUGACUUUGCAUUGGGCUUGUUUGAGAAAGGAGAUAUUCAUCCCUCCUUGAGACUAUUUGUAUAUACUACCAUUGCAGCAUCCUCUAAAUUUUCGGAGGACCAAUACAAAGUCAUUUUGAACCAAAUUACGCAUCCAACAUCAUUGGAUUCAAGAGAAGUUGCGUUGACUGCAUUAGGCUCGGUCACCAAUACCGAUAUAGCCAAGGAGCUAUUGAAAGUUAUGGUGGACACCAAAAUUGUACCAUUAAUGGACCUGCACUUCCUUGCCAAACCAUUGAGUGCCAAUUACGCGACAAAGAACUUGUUCCUCGAUUUCUUUUUGGAAAACUACGAGGAGAGUUUCUACAAACCAAUGUCCACAAAUGCUAUUGUAUUGGAUAGGCUCGUCAAAUUGACGUUGAGAAAUUACCAAAACAAUGAGGUUCAUGAUAGGAUUGACAAAUUUUUUGCCACCAGAGAUGUUCAUGGCUUUGAAAGAUCAUUGAAGCAAUCAUUGGACAAUAUCAAGAUUAAUGCGAACUGGUACAACCGCGAUCUCACAAAAGUGAAUGAGUACCUUGAAUCAAAAUAUUAA